AUGUCCAUAGUGAACCAAACCACCACAAGCCUGCAAGAAUUUAUCAUUAUUGGCUUUCCAGGUUUCCAGGAUCCAGACAGCAAGGCCAUUUUUUUCAUUGCUCUUUUGACAAUAUACCUUGCUAUACUAUCAGGAAAUUCUCUCCUCAUUACUGUUUUUGCAAUUAAUAAAGAACUGCACACCCCGAUGUACAUUUUAAUUUCUAGCCUUGCAGUAACAGACAUCUUAAUCUCAUCCUCCACGCUUCCUAAAAUACUGUCUGUCCUAAUUUCAGGCACCAGCAUGAUAUCUGUACCUGCCUGUUUCAUUCAGAUGUUUUCUUACCAUUCCAUGAAAAGUGCCGAGUCCCUGCUCCUAGGGUUAAUGGCCCACGACCGUUAUCUAGCCAUUUCUAAACCCCUGCACUAUUUCACCAUUGUAAAUAAUAGCUCAGUGCUAAGACAGAUAGGCUGUUGCUGGAUGUGUGCAUUUGUCACUGUGAUGAUUGUACUAAGCCUGGCUUUCAGGUUGCCAUUCUGUGGGCCCAAUGUGGUCAUUCAUUAUUUUUGCGACCAUUCCACAGUGCUGAAAUUAGCCUGUUGCGAUACCACCAUUAACACAUAUCUUGGUUUAGCCACAGCUAUGAGUGUUUUAACACUACCUGUGAUCUACAUCCUCUUUUCCUAUACAAAAAUCAUAAAAUCAGUGCUGAAAAUUAAAACCACGCAUGGACGGCAGAAGGCGUUUUCAACUUGCGGCACACACUUGCUUGUCAUUGCCAUUUCUUUUUUUGUUGCUGCCGGAGUCUACAUAUCCAACAGAGUCCGUGAUACAUUCAGUGACGUGCGUAUCUUGGCGGCCCUGAUUCAGAAUGUGGUGCCACCUCUAAUUAAUCCAAUAAUCUAUUGUCUGAGAACCGAAGACAUCAGGAAGUGCUUUCUGAAAGUGCUAAGAAGGAGUGGAAGGUUGAGUGAAAGGAAAUGA